UUUCUACCGUCAACCUCCGCCGGAAAUUAUAGUUCCUAUUAUCAAUCCUUUUUUGCGGAAACCAUUAUCGUAGCAGAUACGAUUAACAGACGAUUAACAACUAUACCGAGCGUUUUGACUAAUUUCUGCAUUUCCGUUCGUAGACUUCGUCGCAAAAACUCUUGACUCUCCCGGGCUCGUGAAACUGGACACCCCUUGCGUUUGAGGCCCCUCUUUCCAUGCGGAGGAAUACAUUGUUGCGGCUCACAAUGUGGAUGGAGGUGGUCAAGAUGUCUACUAGAAGAAUGAAUUCACCUCAAUUGUAACAACAUAAAGGAAGUCGUGGCGCGGGAUUGUCUGGAUACAGACCUGCAACAUUGUAUUUAUGGCGUUGAUGUUUUGUAGAGCGAUGUCAAAGGAGGAAUAAGACACGUUGUUUCGCCCUACCAACGCUUUUAAUGUGCCGUGCUUCAAAUUCGUCCAAGUUUUAUGGUUUUUCUCUACGAGGUUCAACCUUUCUUUUUUUACUACUGGAUGUGAGGCAUCUUAUAAACAAAGGGUUCUUUAAAGACAGAGGGGUAUGACCGAGCCACAGCAGAGAAUGACCACGGUUGGAACAGAUAAGGAACUCAACGACCUGUUAGAUUUUAGUGCGAUGUUUGCACCCCCUGUGGCCAAUGGGAAGAACAGGCCAACCACACUCGCCAGCAGUCAAUUCGGUGGUACAGGUAUGGAUGAACGUACUAGUCCCUGGGCUGGCGGUGAUCAGAAUAGUCCUUCUUUCAGCCAGGUACGGAGCUAUGGAGAGGGCUACAACGACCAUGAUGGACUGUCUUCUCCAUUUCUUGGCACAGGGAUUAGCGGUAAGAAUGAAAGAGCUCCAUAUUCUUCCUUCGGUGGUCAGCCCGGGUUUCUGCCGUCAGACAUCACCAUGCCCUCUGCAGACGCCAUGUCCCCAUCCGGCCUGAAAUCCGGCUCUCAGUUCUAUUCGUCAUACCCCAAUAACCCUCGGAGACGCCCCUCGGACGGAGCAAUGGACCCCCAACCAAAAAAGAUUCGAAAGCCAUCGGGACUGCCGUCUUCUGUUUAUGCCGCCACCUCUGGUGAGGAUUAUAUCCGCGACAGUGCCGCCUACCCAGGCUCCAAACCUGGUUCUGUGUACCCAGGAUCCUUUUACAUGCAAGAAGGCCUCCAUUCCUCUUCGGACCCCUGGGCCCCCUCUGGAUCCUUAGGCCAGUCGGGCUACACGGCUAUGCUGGGGAAUUCACCGCACAUCAGUCAGCCCGGCUCUUUCUCGGCAAUCAACCCACAGGACAGGAUGAACUACCCUUUGCAUGGAGCGGACGUCAAUGGUUUUCAUUCGGGUUCUGCGGCCUAUAGCCACACGUCCUCCAUGAAUGGAACAGACAGCCUUAUGGCCGGUAGAGGCACCGUCACGGGCAGCUCAGGUGAUGAGAUCGGAAAAGCUCUUGCCUCGAUCUACCCUUCGGACCACAACAGCAACAACUUCUCUUCUUCUCCUUCCACUCCUGUGGGCUCCCCUCAGGGCAUUGCAAGUACAGCUCAGUGGCCAAGACCCUCUAGCCAGGCUGCUUUGUCUCCUAAUUAUGAAGGUGGACUACAUGCAUUGCAGAACAAAAUGGAAGACCGGCUGGAGGAGGCCAUCAAAGUACUGCGCAGCCAUGCGGUUGGCCAGGCCCCGGGAAUUCCUGGAGCCCACGCCGACAUGCACGGCCUACUGGCCGCUGUCUCUUCUGCCAGUGGACCCAUGGGAGGUAUCCCUCAAGCCUUCUCCAACCCUGGACUGCCCCUCAGCAACAGACACCCUGCCAUGGCUGGUAGCCACCAUGACGACCACGCGUGCCUUCCUGCCAGCAGCACCUUGUUGCAGUCGGCUCAUGCUUCAGGCGCCUCACAACCUGGAGGAGCAUCUGAGAGUUUCAGUAGUUUGCCUGGAGGUCUGGGUCAUGCGACGCAUUCCUCGAACAAGUCCGAUAUCAAGAAUGAAGACAAAGAGGAUGAUGAUAACUCCUCUGUGGCUGACAAGUCUGAGGAAGAGAAGAAGGAAAGCAAACCGUCACGCACCAGACCAAGAAAGGAGGUGUUUACCCAUCAAGCCCUUUCAGUUUUAUCAGACCAGGGAGAAGAUCUGGACAACGAAGAUGACGAGGACCUGCCGCCGGAGUUAAAGAUGGAAAGGGAGAAGGAAAGGCGGGUGGCCAACAACGCACGAGAGCGACUGCGUGUCCGCGACAUCAACGAGGCCUUCAAAGAGCUUGGCCGCAUGUGCCAGCUGCACCUGACCAACGACAAACCCCAGACCAAACUGCUCAUACUGCAUCAGGCUGUCAACGUUAUCCUUAAUCUGGAGCAACAAGUCCGUGAACGCAAUCUGAACCCCAAAGCAGCCUGUCUGAAGCGACGCGAGGAGGAAAAGGUGUCUGGGGUGGUUGGAGACACUCAGAUGCAGCUGUCUGGAGCUCAUCCAGGCUUGGGUGGAGAUGGACGCAUGUGAUAAUGUGAUCCAGUGAAAUUUCUUGGGGCUCCUGGAGGAAGUGACUCUUGAAUUCUUCCAUUCUCAUUCUCUCUGUGCAUAUAGUGACUUGGAAAACAUGGAAAACACACACAAACCUACCGGCGAAACUGACAGAUUUUCUGUGGCGAUCACUCUGGACCACAAAUUACCAGCACAAAUGUGAAGAACUCUUUCUCAGUUUUUUUUCUGCUUCCGUACAAUGAUGGAUCAUAGGAAUAGGCAGGUUCUGUCCACAACUGACUUUUUCCCGCUGCAGAGAGAGAAAGUUACAUUGAGAGACGAGACCAAUGUCGACAAACAUCAAGUUUAAUCAUGGAUUUGUGCCUAAUUGUUACAUUUUAUAUAAGAUGCAAACUGCUUGUAUGGAACAAAGCGGUUUGGGAGUUGCUUGUAUAUGAGCAAACUUUUUUUUUAAAUUGUGGUUUCUCAUUCCCUACUGAAAGAUACAGUCUUAUGUGCGUUGUGUAACCAAACCCCACGAGAAAGGGGAAAGAACCUGUGGUGCUUACGAGGACUAUGUAUCCCAGCAUGCCUCUGCUCUGUGGGCCAGGGCUCUUCCAGAAUGGGAGAAAAGCACAUGGGCUAUCACAGCUCUCCGGACUGUUUAAAACCCGAUCGCGUGCUUGGAAACAGGAGAUUUGUUUUGCAUCACGCAUCAUCCAAUAUUAUUCAGCUCUAACGAUGCCAUUGACUUCGGCUCGUUCGUCCAAUCAGAAGGAAGAAACGUGAAUGGACAUUUUCGAGGUUGCGUUUUGCCACGUUCACAUCAGCUUCUGAUACGUAAAAACAUAAUGCUUGGAUUUUGAACAUUGUGUCUCUAAGCUCAUACAAAACUGCCAAGUUGAUCUUUCAUUUUUUUUGUAUUCCCCUUUAAUUUGUCCCACAUUGAUUGGCUGUUGUCAUGGUUGCCAAAAGUCCACCUUCACACAUGUCCACCUCACACUUAUAUGGAUGUUAUUUCGAUUUGAAAAAAAAAGUAAGAAUAUAUAUAAAUAUAUAUUUUUGUUAGUCUAUACAUUGUAGAUUUCUAAAUGACAAAAAAACGUAUUAGUUUGAAGUGUAGAGUCUAUAGUGAAUGCUCAGAGACAAGUAUGAUGGGCCGUACGUUUUCAAAGACCACGCCUAUAUUUUCAGAAACAAAGUAUGCACAACACCUUCAUCUGGGCAGGAGGGUUGUCCCGUGACAUUGGGGGUCCUAUAUAUUAUAGCCUACGUAGAGGGUCCACCCAUUCAAAUGUUGUCUAGGGAGAGAUUGGAUUGAGGUAGUCAAGUUGUGUUCACUUCCAAACCUUCCUGCUUUCAGGGAAGAAGGGGCUUUAUGCCGCAAGAAGUGUUCUUAGGCAAUGGUGUCGCGCAUCAGAACUAUAGACGGGCAGUGUUUGCCCGUCUAUAGUUCGAUCUCACCAACGCACACAAUGCAACUUGUUUGAAUGUAAGAUUCAAAUGUAGAGCACGCACUCAAACGUCUCUGUCAGACUGGCUAACUGUGUGUUCAGUUGUCAUUUCAAGGUCUCCAACCUGUUUAUCAUACAGAUGUCAGCGUGCAGCUUUGUUAACGUUUUAUUCGUUCAUUGGAUGUCAUGUAUGUGCUUGAGAAGACCUCCCGGAUGAUUUGAUUUGUAUGUAGGAUCAAUUUGGUGUUAAAGCCUUUGUAAUUGUCACAAUGUCCACAAUGGAUAUAAUUUCAAGGUAAAAACAUUUCACCGCGAGGAGGAUGAACAGUGUUGUUGUCCUGGAGUAUGAUGGAAACGUUAUCAAUUCUUGAUGAAGAUAAAACAAUGAGUUGUUGAACAUUUUUAUAUUGUGGCCUUCUUAUUCUCAAGACUGUCAUUUUUUGAGAGUGAUGCCUUGUUAGUGCCUAAACUUACUUUUAUUGUAAACUUGACCUUUUUUAUUUGAAAAUGCAAAAAUGGAUCAUCCAUCAAUUUCCUUUCAUCAGUUUUGUUUUUCUGGAAGUAUUGGCAUAUAGCGUUUAAUCAGCUAUUAGAAAUAUUGUAGUAUAAACUUUCAUAUUCAUUUAUAAUGCUGUGUUUGUGCACCUUUUGGCAAUUUUGGGAUACGUGUUAGUCAUCGAUUAGAGUGGAAUUGGUUUUUGGUUUUGAGAUGCUAGUGUCUCUAGCCCUGUGAUCUGUAAACCGAACCAGAAAUGGAAAAAGGUCUUUGAUUCAUCAAAUGACGGGGCUGGAACACUAGACUUAAAAAUAAUUCUCAUAUCCAGCCAUAGCAUACAUAAAGCAUCCAUUUUCUUUGCUACAUGUGGUCAUUUUGAAAAAAGUGUUUGACUUAUUUAGCCCCCUGCUUUCUGCUUCUUGUUUAAUACUUUAGCUGCUGGAGGAAGGUUGUAAUGUUUUUUUCGUUACCGAUAUGACGUUGCUCCAAGCAAAUUGGUUUUUAUCCCAUUGGUUGCUGCAGCAUUUUCUCUUGAAUGUCCAACUGAGUGAACCGUUGAAUGAAAUGUUCAUCGCGCACCACGUCGAAGUAAAUUCGCUGCCCGUGAUUUCCAUCGUUAUAAAGAUGUGUGUGAAUUUUACAGAACCUGGUGUCUUGCAGUUGCAGUAGGGACAUGAUCAAUACUGCUGUUGUGUCUUCAGAGUGCCUCCGGUUUUUGUCUUUUUUCUUUGUUUUUAUAAAUAUAUAUAUAAAGUAGAUAUUGAGAACUGUCCUGUAUAUAACAGUAAUGUAGCAAUAAAUGUGCCAUUUUUAAUAACAGAAUUAUACUUUUUUCCCCCAAUGUCUUGCUUUGGAUCUUGUAUACCUUCAAAGGAGUUAAAUAAAAUAAAACAUUGUAAAAAAAACUCAUUACUCGUUAUUUUGGGAAAAUAUAACAUGCUACUAAUUUUCCCAAACAAAACUUGACUGCACAAAACUAUAACUGUAUUAAUAACUUAUUCAAACACUUAGAUUGAAACAGCCUUACGUGUAGCAGCCAGCCUAUCAUUUGUGAUGCCUUCAUGCAUUUGUGUAAUCCUAAUUUAAAUGACAAUUAAUGCUACACCAUUAGCAUUUAUAAUGUUUAAGUGACGUAACUUAUAACAAGUUAAUUUUAAUGUUUUAUUUUGUACAUUAGUAAUCAUUACGUGAACGCCGUUACGUCAAAACGUGCAUCCUUCACCGCUCCAGAAUUUUCUAUCAGGCUUAAUAAUGGGCAGCCGCGGGUCCUGUCGCAGUCGUUGAACUUGUUUGUGGUGUAUUCUGAAUAGAAGGUUGACAACAACAUGCAAAACAUGAUAAAACGGAUAGGACCCAAAUAUGUCUCCAUUGUCAGAGCGUGGUAAGGUGAUUUUAUUUGGUGGUUUGCCAUUAUUAUUUUGGUAUCUACGAGGGGCGGGUCCUCCCACUUUUAGCACUUCGGUUUAACUUACUGUUAUGAUUCCCUUAUGAUUCUGGUACGCUGACAAGAACGCAUUGGUAGUGUACAUAAAUCAUAUCUAAAUUUUGAAACGUAGUAGUUCACCUUAUACACGAUUUCGGAGUUUUCAUUUUGUCAAUACGUAUUGCUGUAUUUUAUUGUUAUAUGCAAAGAAAACUAUGCCAUGUUUUCUUUCUAUCGGUCUGUCUUUUCGUGUCUAACGUUAUGAGUAUUUAUAACG